UCUCUCUCUCUCUCUUUCUCUCUCUAGAAAAAAACCAUUAAUUUUCAUUCUGUCUGAAUUACUUCUGUCCACCUUUCUGAACAAACUCAUCGAUCCAACUAAAAUAGAAUCUUCAAUCUUCAUCAACAACCUAACGCAUAUAUAUACUGCAUGCUGUUUACUUUUGUUUCGUGCAAAAACAUUAUUACUGCCAUAUUACCGAACCAAAGUCAAAUGAUCAGACAGCCUUUUUGCUAAGCAUGUGCAGUCCCUUAAUGGAGAAUUACCAAGGUGAUUUAGCUGAUAUAUUCCGACCCAGCACCACCACCGCCACCGUAGAUGGCGGCGACCCGGAUGCAGCCGCAGCCGCCCUCCCCGACUGGCAGUUUCCGACCAAUCCAAUUACCUAUUCCUCCGACCCGGUUGAAGAUUUCGGGGAUCCGUUUAACUACAUGGGAAAUCCACUCCUCCCAGCUGUACCGGGAUUCUUCUCAUGUAAUAACUCCAACAUCAUUGAUGGUGGUGGUGGGAUUAAUAAUAGCGGCGCCGGCGGUGUAAAUAUUUCUCACAGACUACUUGUUCACGAUGAGAUGAGAAAGCCUUCAAACAUAUUUUCAAGGAUGCUGCAGAUCUCUCCUAAUGCAAAGUCGCCUGUUGAUCAUUCGCAAGCGGCGGCGGCGGCGGCUGCAUCUCCGACGGCGGGGUUGAGGGUUUCUCCUAUUUUAGUGUCCAAAGGUUGCUUGGUGGAGAGCCCUGGUGGUCUGCAGAUCUCGUCUCCGCGAAAUACGGGCAUCAAACGAAGAAAGAGUCAGGCGAAGAAAGUGGUGUGUAUACCGGCAUCAUCGCCGGCAAACAGCAGGGCCACCGGAGAAAUAGUUCCGUCGGAUCUUUGGGCUUGGAGAAAGUACGGACAGAAGCCCAUCAAAGGCUCCCCUUAUCCUAGGGGUUACUAUAGAUGCAGUAGUUCAAAGGGGUGUUCGGCGAGGAAACAAGUGGAGAGGAGCCGAACAGACCCGAAUAUGCUGGUAAUAACCUACACGUCGGAGCACAACCACCCAUGGCCCACCCAGAGAAAUGCUCUUGCCGGAUCCACCAGAUCUCAGCCCUCGUCCAAAACCACCACCACCACCACCACCACCACUACAAAAAAAGACCCAACAAAACAAAUUAAUAAUAAUAAUAAUAAUAAUACAGUUAUUAUAACCCAACAAUUCACUACAGACGACGUACUGAAAGAGGAGGAGGAGGAGGAGGAGAUCACCAAUAAUCAGGAUUUCGAUCAUCAGCUAGAAAUGGAUCAUAAAUUUGAGCUAGGGUUUCAAUACAAUCCCACAUUAUUGGAAGAUGAUCAUCACAAUUUCUUUGCGGAUUUGGGAGAAAUUGAAGCCGAUGAACCUUUGGAGGAUCUCCUCUUCACACCAGGUGAAAUUAACGUCAAAGAUUUGGAUUUUAAUCCAUUCAGCUUCUACAGCUGGUCGGCAGCAACCACCACCACCGCCGCAACCACUGCCAGCUCGACGACCGCAUCUUAUGGAGAAGAUAACAAGGAAUCGUGAAUUAUAUUCAUGCAUGCAUGGCCAUAUAUUAAUUGGGGGAAGUUUCCAUCGAAUUAAUUUCUUGGUCUGUUAGUAUAAUAUCGUAAUAAUUUUCUCUACACAUGCAGUUAAUAUUGUUUUAAACCCUAGCUAUUUUUGAAUGCCCCUACUUAUGAUUGAUAUUAUAAUUAAAUGGAGU